CGCCCCUCGUCCUCACGUCCACCACAUCAAAGUCUGUGGUGCAUUCACGUCACGACUCAGUCACGGGUGUGGAUUGUGCACGCCGCGACAGAGCAAGUACUCGUGUCCUCGCCCACCUACCAUGUCGACUUCGCAAUCUGCGCUGGUGCUGCCCACCCGCCCAAAGGAGCCGUACACUAACAUCACCUGCCCUUACCCUCAAUGCGGCAGCGCCAUAGAGUACCUCCCACCACAGCCCUCUGCGCUUCGAGAGUUGCCGGCCACCGAGACGACGUUCAAGGUGAUUUGCUGCAAAUGCAAAGGCAGAUUCGAACCGCCCGGCGCUGCUAGGAUAGUCAGGGAGACGAGAGCAGGCAAGGAUGGCGGUGGCGGUGGUGCCGGCGCCAGCGGGUCGGGCCAAAAGGAUGCGGCGAGGAGGAGAAGAAUCGGAACGGAUGAGAAGCCGCUCGAUACCGAGUACUACGAUAUUCUCGGCGUCUCGCCGACGUGCACGCCAGAGGAGAUCAAAAAAGCGUACCGAAAGCUGGCCAUCAAGCUGCAUCCUGACAAGAAUCCAAACGACCCAGAAGGAGAAGAGAGGUUCAAAAGGCUAGCAACCGCCUACUCUGUGCUUUCAGAUGCCGAGUUGCGACACAAGUACAACGAAUUUGGACCCUCAACGCCUGGCUUGGUGCCUGAGGAUGGGUUCGUGGAUCCAGAGGAAGUGUUCGGUAGCCUGUUUGGCGGUCAGCGCUUCAAAGAUAUCAUCGGCACCAUAUCCAUCGGCCGAGACAUGAAGGAGGCGCUGCAGCAAGAUCCGGACGAGCUGGAGCAGCAGGUGGCUUCGGAGGAGAACAAGGCGAACGGUGGCCCUUCCAAUGCCAUUGCAGCUGCACCAGGCUCCUCUUUGACUCCAGAACAAAAAGCCGCAAAGGAAGCUGCCAAAGCUGCAAAGACGGCCAAGGAAAAGGCAAAAGAGGAAGAGAGGGCAAAGCAGCGGGAAGAGAGGGUGUCCAAGCUUGCCGAGAAUCUGAUCAGGAAGCUCAGCGUGUACACGGAGAGCGUGAGAAAUGCUGGCGACGAUGCGCUUGCACGACAGAUUGCAGACUCCUUCCGGGAGAUUACAAAGAUCGAAGCGGAAGAACUCAAGACGGAGUCGUACGGUGUCGAGCUGCUGCAGACGGUCGGCUUUGUAUACUCUAGCAAGAGCAAGCACUACCUUGCAGCAACGGGUAUGCUGUGGGGCAUCGGCGGGCUGUAUCACUCGGCCAGCAGCUCCAUGCACGUCAUUAGGGAGACUGUCAGCACCGUCAGAGCGGCUUUGGAGCUCAAGAGCGUGUUUGAAGAGCUGGCCAAGGCGGAGGAGCAGGGCAUCACCGAGGAGCGCAAAAAGGAGCUGGAAGACCAGGCGGCAAGCAAAGGCAUGCGGGCGCUGUUCAAGGGCGCCAAACUCGAAGUGGAGUCGGUCAUUCGCGAAGUGACGGAGAGGGUGCUGUACGAUCAGAGCGUUACCAAGGAGACGCAGAGGUUGCGGGCACAAGCGCUAGGCAUAGUUGGUGCAGUGUUUGAAGCCACGCAAGCCGAUAGCGCUGCGAGCGAUGCAGAAAAGGACAAGGAGUACGUCAAGAUCGACACGAAAGCUUAGAUGCGGAACAGAACGAAAGGCUUGCAACGUGCCCACCACGUCUCAUGUGUAUAGAUACCUCGCACACGUCAAGCUUCCCUCCAGACAUUGCAAUGCCUAUUUCUCAACCCGUG